GUGCGUCUGGUGAUCAAUGAGAAGGGUCUGCUGUGUGAAGAGAGGGACGUGAGUCUCCCUAUAGCCGAGUACAAGGAGCCCUGGUUCAUGAGGCUCAACCUGGGGGAGGAGGUGCCCGUCUUUAUCCACGGAGACACCAUCGUCUCAGACUACAACCAGAUUAUAGAGUACCUAGAGGAUCAUUUUGGGGGAGGUAUUGCCUUUCAGACUACUUGAUUUCUUUCCAUUAUGUUAGUGACUGCAGUGGGAUGUGAGUGACUGCAAAUGCUCUCUUUAAGGUUACUUUAGGGUCUAUUUUCAUCCAUGAUGUUAUAGUAGUGACUGCAUAGCAAACAGUAUACAACCAGGUCAUAGAGUUGGCCUACCUAGAGACUAACUUGGGGAGGUACUGCUUUUCAGGGCUACUCAUGUCUUUAUUAGUGACCAUAAACAGUAUUUACCAGGUUAUUGAAUACUUACAGACUGAAUUGUGAACAGUUGUGAACAGAGAUACAUCUAAUUGGCCAAUCUUAUGGUUCACUGCAGCUCAAGGAUCAAUGAUCGUCCAUGAAGUCAGUGACUGGCUGGAGGCUGCAUAGCAAAGAGUAUACAUGUUUUGAGGUUUCUAUUAAGGCUAAGGUUUCCAUUUUAAGGUUUGUAAACAGUGUUAAGCUAUUUUUCAUCAGGGAAGUGUAAUUCAACCCAGAUACUAACUGUAUUCUGUGCAUCAUGUUUUUCUCAGUAUUUUGUGUGUCCAAUCAUGGUCCUAUGGGUAAUUUGCGGUGGUGGUUGUGGGUCGUUAUGUAAUGUCCCGAGAGAAUGGCUCCAGUAAGCCCUGCAGGGAUGCAGUAUUUACCAUGGCCAAUGGAUGAAGGACUUCUUCUUACUUCAGAUCGAGAUACUUCAUGCUCACCCAUCCAUGACAGAGAGGCUUGAUGCUAUAGAAGCCAACUAUACUGAUUUCAGACUUCAGUUGCAACGGAUAUGCUCCAAUGUUUUCUCAAUAUCCUAACCCAGCUCAUGUCAUUAACGUCCGUUUGGUACUCUCAAGCUCUUAUUUUAUUUUAAACAAAUGUUGCUAUUUUUAUGACAUUUCGAUUAUUUUCAGUUUAUAGUUUUAAUGAAUGCUCAAUAUGGCUGUUUAGUAGCAGAUUCAUGUUCAGCAGGGCACGGUGUAGCAAAGCAUUUAGCAUAGUAUAUCUCAGAGUAGUAUAUCUCCCUGUUUCACUUUGUUGGAAAACUUUUUCUCCCUACUGAACACGACCCAGACCUCAUGCUCAUUUUAAAGAGGAUGUGUCAUUCAGCUGCUUGAUUUACAGAUAUUGUCUCCAAUUAUGUGUACUUUCUAAUGCACCCUGCCAAAGGGGACUGGAGUUGGCCUUGGAAGUGUAGAUGAAACAGCAGAGAAAAUCCUAUCAUAGUAAUGGACAGGAAAUCUAGUGCCAAGUCAACUUAAGUUAGCCUUAGUGUAGUGGACCCAGGUGAAAUCCUACCUCCAGCAAGGUGAAAUCCACUGACAUAUCACUUAGUCUUUUAUGGUAACUAAGAACUAGCCUGACACCUCACACUAAAUUAUUCCGCUGUUCUGUCAUUCGCUACAUACUUUAGUGUGAAUCUGCCAUCAUUGAAAGUCGUUUGAGUGAUGUCGUUUAUGGUGAAAACAAAGUAAUCAGCGAUUGGAUCGCCUCUAACCAAUCACAGUAUUAAAGCCAAUUAUGUACUUCGAAAACGCUGCUUCACCCAAGUGUUCUGGCUCUGGCCCAACCCAUUCGUUUUCUGGGACCAAUCAGACGCCCCGAAUGUCCGAAUGUGUUCGCAUUCGGUGAAGGUCGGGGAGAAUUGCCGCUUUCAAAACAACAAGUUUGUGGGCUUAGCAUAGCAUUUUAACAAAGCAAGAAGUCUGGGUAGCCAGGCAAGCUGAACCUUAAUCUCUCUUUAUGCUUUCUCAGGGAGAAUCUUGUUUUGGUAUUUUGUCAGCAGUAUCCGAUUUGCUUCCCAUGGAUGAGAGUGAGAUGUGACUGAGCAGUAAUACAUAGUGAGCUCAUUGGGUUCUCUCCUGUGCGACAUUUCAUUUUGCACCAUCAUCAUGUUGGCACGAAAUGCAGCAGUGCUGUGACUGUGUCCAAGCCAAGGCCAUGCCCCUGUUUGUGUUCUGUCUGAGGAUGGGUGGGGGCUCUUUUAACAAGGAGCCUGCUCUGAUAAUCACAACCCUUUGCUGCUUAGCGCUGCAGCAGAGCGCAUCAGCAGCAGACCUCCAGAGCCAAGCCACGUACGGCCACAGCCAUGCCCAAGUCAGCCUGUUGGGCCUGGACUGAUUAGUCAGCAGUCUGCCAGGUGCAAAUCCGGGCCUCCGGCUCCACCUUAAAGACACACAACCGGAAGAACAGCACAGACUGGAAUAUCCACGGGCCCUUCCUGUGUCCCCACUCCCCAUCAUCAGUCACAGCUUUCAGGCCAGCCCUCUGCAGCUCAUAGCCUACCUAAACUAGCCGGUAUCGUGAUCUAAAGUUAAAACACAUAGCUAUCUGUUGAUCUUGUGGAACGUUUGCUUCUGGUUCUGUCUAUUGGCCUAUGUAUCCUAUUCUCAGAAACAGGGUUGUAGUUGAUCAUACUCCAUUCACAGUAAAAUCCCCCUUACACACCAUUGUUAGGCUUUGUGAUAUGUAAGUGGACAGUUGCAUAUAAAGUAAAGGCUGAAGUUGGUAUAUAGUGUUACAGUAUAUAUUUAUGUUACAGGCCUAUAUGUUAGAAUGCUAUAUGGUCCUAUGUAUUAUAAUACAGUUAUAAUAAGUAUUCAGACCCUUUACUCAGUACUUUGUUGAAGCACCUUUGGCAGCAAUUACAGCCUCGAGUCUUCUUGGGUAUGAUGCUACAAGCUUGGCACACCUGUAUUUGGGGAGUUUCUCCCAUUCUUCUCCGCAGAUCGUCUCAAGCUCUGUCAGGUUGUAUGGGGAGCAUCGCUGCACAGCUAUUUUCAGGUCUCUCCAGAGAUGAUCGAUCGGGUUCAAGUCCGGGCUCUGGCUGGGCCACUCAAGGACAUUCAGAGACUUGUCCCGAAGCCACGCCUGCAUUGUCUUGGCUGUGUGCUUAGGGUUGUUGUCCUGUUGUAAGGUGAACCUUCGCCCCAGUCUGAGGUCCUGAGCGCUCUGGAGCAGGUUUUAAUCAAGGAUCUCUCUGUACUUUGCUCCGUUCAUCUUCCCUCGAUUCUGACUAGUCUCCCAGUCCCUGCCGCUGAAAAACAUCCCCACAGCAUGAUGCUGCCACCACCAUGGUUCACCAUAGGGAUGGUGCCAGGUUUCCUCCGGACGUGACGCUUGGCAUUUAGGAGAAAGAGUUCAAUCUUGGUGUCAUCAGAACAGAGAAUCUUGUUUCUCAUGGUCUGCGAGUCCUUUAGGUGCCUUUGGCAAAUUCUGGCAGAUUCUCCCAUUUCCACAGAGGAACUCUGGAGCUCUGUCAGAGUGAGCAUCGAGUUCUUGGUCACCUCCCUGACCAAGGCCCUUCUCCCCUGAUUGCUCAGUUUGGCCGGGCGGCCAGCUCUAGGAAGAGUCUUGGUGGUUCCAAACUUCUUCCAUUUAAGAAUGAUGUUGGCCACUGUGUUCUUGGGGACCUUCAAUGUUUUGGUACCCUUCCCCAUAUCUGUGCCUUGACACAAUCCUGUCUCGGAGCUCUACGGACAAUUCCUUCGACCUCAUGGCUUGUUUUUUGCUCUGACAUGCACUAUCAACUGUGGGACCUUAUAUAGACAGGUGUGUGCCUUUCCAAAUCAUGUCCAAUCCAUUGAAUUUAUCACAGGUGGACUCCAAUCAAGUUGUAGAAAAAUCUCAAGGAUGAUCAAUGGAAACAGGAUGCACUUGCUUGAGCUCAAUUUCAAAUUUCAUAGCCAAGGGUCUGAAUACUUAUGUAAAUAAGGUAUUUCUGUUUUUUAGUGUUAAUAAAUUUGCUACAAUUUCUAAAAAUGUUGUCAUUAUGGGGUAUUGUGUGUAGAUUGAUGAGGACUCAUUUUUAUUUAAUCCAGUUUAGAAUAAGGCUGUGAUGUAACAAAAUGUGGAAAAAGGUAAGGGGUCUGAAUACUUUCCAAUUGCACUGUAUGUCAGGCUGUAAAUACAGCUGUCUGUGUGUACCUGGUUUCUUUGUAGAAACGGUGGCCCAGCUGAUUCCCGAUGCUGGCUCUCCUCUCCACGAGCGUGUGCAGCAGUACCGUGAGCUGCUGGACGGCCUGCCCAUGGACGCUUACACACACGGCUGUAUCCUGCACCCAGAGCUCACCACUGACUCCAUGAUCCCAAAGUACGCCACCGCUGAAAUACGUAGUAAGUCAAGUUAAGUUCAGUGUAACCAUUUACAAGUAAUUAUAAAGUAUUCACAUAGUAUGAACGGAUGUUCUCACUAAAUUAAUUUGAGAUGUUUAUUAGCAGACAUCAAAAUACUUACAUGUAAGUCACGUGCACAUUGUAAUAAUAUCAUAUUGAAUAUAAACAGAGUUCAUGAUCCGCAAUAUCCCAAAACAAAAUGAAAACUGAUAUGAUAAUCCAUUACCAUUCAGCGUUCUCAUAACAGUUUCAUGUUAACAGGAUGUCAUCAACCAAAUUACACUGUCCAAUUUCACCUUGUUUAAAAUAAAAUCCUUAUCACAUCAAAUGUAAUUGAAGCAAUGUAAUUAAUUCUCUGUAUGUGAUAUUAGGUCAUUAAGUCUGCACUCACUGUAUUAAUCCUUACGUCAUGGACGUGUUGUGUACAUCAAGAAAAAGGCUGGUCCGGCCAAAAGCCUUCAGUGGAAUAAAUUAACCAGGAAACCCAAUGCCCUGUCUUGAUGCUUUAUUUGUUGUUUUCACCAAUUAUGUUUAUAUUUCAGAGUCAUUAAUAUGUUUUAUGAACAACAUGUUAUUGAUUUAUAUCUCACACUUUAGAACUGAAAUUGGUAGUCUCUGGGAAAUGCAGAUUUAAUGGGAUCUCUGCGUAUUUGUAAAUUGUGUAUUUCUAAUGCAUUAUACGCUUGUCAACUAGACACAUAUACACUAGAUCAUUUGCUGUUAUUGAACAUCAACUCUCUGCUUUUGGUACUGUUUUAGACCCACAUUUGUGGUGACAAAAGGGUUUAACAGAGGUAUUUACUCCAAUAGUCACUGACUAUUGUCUCUUAUCUCAGAGCAUUAUUUCAUCCAGGAGUCAGUGAUGUCUCCGUCUCUCUGUCCUCAGGACACUUGACCAACGCUGCGUCUGAGCUGAUGAAGCUGGACCAUGAGGAGCCCACUCUGACAGAGCCAUAUCUCUCCAAGCAGAAAAAACUCAUGGUAAGACUGGCAACACGGCACCACCACACCACAGGAGAAGCCUUAAAAGAGAGAAACAAUACAAAUUAUUAUUACAAUACAAACAAUUUACCUUUCCGGUUGCUCUAAAUACCAUUUGUGUGUGUGUAUCUGUGUGUUACAAGCAUAUUACGAUUUCAUUAAAUGUUCCUACUCAAAUUAACUGGUCACAUUGACAACGAGUUGUUGAAUACGUUUUUACUAAGCAGAGCAACUCCAACAUGGUUGUUAUUGACAAUGUUUCAGUGUGAUGUAGGAUAGAUAUUGCACAAUUACCCCAAGUGAUUGUGUCAGGGUCUGUGCUAGUUCUUUAUUGACCCAUAAUGUAUCAACAUGAAUAGCUGCUACUGCCAGGGCUAACUUGCUGGCUAAAACAAAUGGUUUCCUUUUAACGGCUUGGCUCGGCCUAUCUUUAGGAUGUACAGUCAGUACCUUUAUGAAAAUAUAUUUAUUUACCACUGUUGUUAGUUACAAUGUUACAAAUAGGUUUAUUUUCCUCUGUUAUUGUAUUUCAAGGGGACAUAGUGAUGCUUAGUUACUUGCUUGUGCCAGACAAUGACAUGCCAUAGCUCAUGACAACUGGUAGGUCUUCUGUUGAGACCAGUGUCUCAGCAGAUGUUGUCCAUGUAUGUUUCAUGUGAUCUUCCAAGAGGUAUUGGCCUGUGAGAGGCUAUCUACGGUGUGAGAAUAUAGGCAUAGAGAUGGAGAUGGGUUUCACAUACAUUAUACAGUACCAGUCAAAAGUUUGGACACACCUACUCAUUCAAGGGUUUUUCUUUAUUUUUACUAUUUUCUACAUUGUAGAAUAAUAGCGAAGACAUCAAAACUAUGAAAUAACACAUAUGGAAUCAUGUAGUAACCAAAAAAGUGUUAAACAAAUAAAAUUAUAUUUUAUAUUUUAUAUUCUUCAAAUUGCCACCCUUUGCCUUGAUGACAGCUUUGCACACUCUUGGCAUUCGCUCAACCAGCUUCACCUGGAAUGCUUUUCCAACAGUCUUGAAGGAGUUCCCACAUAUGCUGAGCACUUGUUGGCUGAUUUUCCUUCACUCUGCCACCAGACUCAUUCCAAACCAUCUCAAUUGGGUUGAGGUCGGGGGAUUGUGGAGGCCAGGUCAUCUGAUGCAGCACUCCAUCACUAUCCUUCUUGGUAAAAUAGCCCUUACACAGCCUAGAGGUGUGAUGGGUCAUUGUCCUGUUGAAAAACAAAUGACAGUCCCACUAAGCCCAAAUCAGAUGGGAUGGCGUAUCGCUGCAGAAUGCUGUGGUAGCCAUGCUGGUUAAGUGUGCCUUGAAUUCUAAAUAAAUCGCAGACAGUGUUACCAGCAAAGCACCCCCACACCAUAACACCUCCUCCUCCAUGCUUUACGGUGGGAACUACACAUGCGGAGAUCAUCCGUUCACCCACACUGCGUCUCACAAAGACACGGCGGUUGGAACCAAAAAUCUCAAAUUUGGACUCCAGACUAAAGGACACAUUUCCACCGGUCUAAUGUCCAUUGCUCGUGUUUCUUGGCCCAACAGGUCUCUUCUUCUUAUUGGUGUCCUUUAGUAGUGGUUUCUUUGCAGCAAAAUCGACCAUGAAGGCCUGAUUCACACAGUCCCCUCUGAACAGUUGAUGUUGAGAUGUGUCUGUGACUUGAACUCUGUGAAGCAUUUAUUUGGGCUGCAAUUUCUGAGGCUGGUAACUCUAAUGAACGUUUCCUCUGCAGCAGAGGUAACUCUGGGUCUUCCUUUCCUGUGGCGGUCCUCAUGAGAGCCAGUUUCAUCAUAGCGCUUGAUGGUUUUUGCGACUGCACUUGAAGAAACUUUCAAAGUUCUUGAAAUGUUCCCUAUUGACUGACCUUGAUGUCUAAAAGUAAUGAUGGACUGUUGUUUCUCUUUGCUUAUUUGAGCUGUUCUUGCCAUAAUAUGGACUUGGUCUUUUACCAAAUAGGGCUAUCUUCUGUAUACCCCCCCCCCUACCUUGUGGCAAGACAACUGAUUGGCUCAAAUGCAUUAAGAAGGAAAGAAAUUCCACAAAUUUACUUUUAAGAAGGUACACCUGUUAAUUGAAAUGCAUUCCAGGUGACUACCUCGUGAAGCUUGUUGAGAGAAUGCCGAGAGUGUGCAAAGCUUUCAUCAAGGCAAAGGGUGGCUACCUUGAAGAAUCUCAAAUAUCAAAUAUAUUUUGGUUUGUUUAACACUUUGGUUACUACAUGAUUCCAUAUGUGUUAUUUCAUAGUUUUGACGACUUCACUAUUAUUCUACAAUGUAAAAAAAAUAUAAAAAAAUAAAGAAAAACCCUUGAAUGAGUACGUGUGUCCAAACUUUUGACUGGUAGUGUAUAUACAAAAUAUGUGGACACCCCUUCAAAUUAGUGGAUUCGGCUAUUUCAGCCACACCCGUUGCUGACAGGUGUAUACAUACUGAAGAGCUCAGUGACUUUUAACGUAGCACCGUCACAGGAUGCCACCUUUCCAACAAGUCAGUUUGUCAGAUAUCUGCCCUGCUCCAGCUGCCCCGGUCAACGGUAAGUGCUGUUAUUGCGAAGUGGAAACGUCUAGGAGCAACAACGGCUCAGCCGCGAAGUGGUAGGCCACACAAGCUCACAGAAUGGGACCGCUGAGUGCUGAAGCGAGUGUACUGUGUGUGAUAUGGGAUUACUCUUGUGCUCACAGGCAAAAAUAUUGGACCACGACAAUGUCAACUACCUGAAGAAGAUCCUUGGCGAGUUGGCCAUGGUACUAGAUCAGGUGGAGGCCGAGCUGGAAAAGAGGAAAAUCGAGUAUAAAGGUAAGUGGAGAUUAUUGUCCCCCUCUAUGAAAUCGGGGAGGGGACUGUGGACCUGCCUCCAUCCAUAUGAUUGUCACAAGCAAUAUCUCAGACAGCACUGGCUUGAUUUUGACUAAACUUGGGUGAAUGGUGUCUUGCCAUAGAGAUCCGGCAUUUACAAAAUAACACUGAUUGGCCCAUGGCGCGAGAUAUAGUAAUUCACUGAAAUCUGUUAGUCACACGGGAGGGGGGAAGGGGGGGCAUUUGUGUGGGACGACAUGUUUACUGUUGCCAUGUUAUUUAUGUUUAUGUCCUUCAGUUCAGACAUUACAUUACAAACAUAUUCUGUUUUAUCUUCCUAGCCUGGUCCCAGAUCUGUGCUAUCUUGCCAACUGCAACUACUAUGGUCAUAUAAGAGUUGACAAGACAACACACAUAUCUGGGACAAGGCUACUUCGUACCACUCUGCUACAGUAUCAUGUUUUCUUUUCCCUUUGGCAGGUCAAAAGUGUGAGUUGUGGCUAUGUGGACCUGAAUUUACACUAGCUGAUGUCUGCCUGGGAGCCUUGUUGCACAGGCUUAAGUUCUUGGGACUCUCAAAGAAAUACUGGGAGGACGGCAGCCGACCCAACCUCCAGUCCUUUUUCGAGCGGGUGCAAAAACGCUACGCUUUCCGCAAGGUUCUGGGUGACAUCCACACAACCCUCCUGUCAGCAGUUCUACCCAACGCAUUCCGAAUGGUAAAAAAGAAGCCGCCAUCUUUUUUCGGGGCCUCUUUCCUCAUGGGCUCUCUGGGUGGGAUGGGAUACUUUGCCUAUUGGUUUUUAAAAAAGAAAUAUGUGUAG